UCGGGACAAAAUUCAACAUGGCGUCUGGAGGAGGUAUUAUCAAAGGAGUCAAAGGUUUUUUCCAAAAACCAGCUGUAAAAACUGUCGUGAAAACCCUGUUUCCGGAUCCUAUGGCGAAUUUCAAGUAUUCAGAAGUUUUGUGGAACUUUAGAAAUAAGGAAACCCUGGAGCAAUGGACGCUUAUCACAGAUGAGCAGUUUGGUGGCAAAUCUACAGCCGAGUUUGUACGAAGUCCAGGCGGAAAAGCUGUGUUUAAAGGGAAUAUUUCUACUGAAUUACCCGCAGCCACGAAUGUUAAAUACAGUGGUAUGUGCUCUAUCAGAUCACAGCCACAAAGGGAUAGGAAAGGAGAUGUGACAGCAAAUGAAGUAGCAGAUUAUGAUGGUAUUGUUGUAAGAUUAAGAGGAGACGGUAGAACCUAUACACUUAAUGUUCAGACAAAGGGCAUCAGGGAUGACGAUAUACAUCAGUCUUUUUUUCACACAAGAGGAGGACCAUACUGGGAGAUAGUGAGGCUGCCAUUCACAAAGUUUGUUCUAACCAAUGCGGGAUACUUACAAGAUCAACAGAUGUAUUUUCCAAGAAUACGCACAGUUGGUUUCACAUUAGCAGAUCACAACACUGGUCCAUUUCACCUGGAAAUUGACUAUAUUAAACUGGUCAUGUUUAUGUACCAGCCCAAACAUUUCAAAUACCACUAUCAAAGCAAAGCUUGAGUAUUUUGUAGGUCAAUUACAAAUGGUUUACUCAGGAAGCUAUGUUCCAAUUUUUAGGGUCAAAAAUCCAUUGAAUCCCCAAGUGUUGUCAAAGAAUGAAAAUUAAGGUUCCCCCUCACUUACUAAACCAAAUCUCAAUCUUUCUAAGCAAGUUCAAAUGGCCCAAUUUGGAUUUCCAUGCUUGGUGGUCACGCCUUUCAACAGAGACAAGGCUAGAGUUGACUUUGUUGUGAAACACAAUUUGUUACUUUUCGAAUGUAAAUUAUGCUGUUAUCACACUAACUAGUUUCUCAUCUCUAUCAUAAUAAAGUGGACCCAAACCUCGUUUCCAUGCAAACGCUUGGUUACAUUUCACAGAACAGUGACAUGUUCUAUUGUAUAGGAUCUGAGCUGAACACGCCCUUCUUAGCUUGAACGUCUUGAUCAGGGGUUUCAUUAACGUUUUCAGCAGGAGGGCAACAGGUUUUCACAGGUGGGCAAAACUAUUUGAACUGUGGACUUCUAAUAUAACAGAAACUUUCCUCUUAAUGAUCAAACCAGGCGAGCAAAAUCACCCUCACAGCCUGUCAAUUUGCCUGGUGCUGGCCCUUGAUGAAACCCCUGAACUUGAUCAAUCUCCAGCGUUUGUAAGAAAGCUUUUUAAAAUAGAGGUUCUAGAUAGGGGUGCUAUAGCCUCAGCCAUCGGUGCAAAUUUCAUUGCAUUUCUCAACUAUCAGUAAUGUUUACACGUCUUAGAUCUCAGUUGUCAGUUGAAAAAGCAUCAUUUGUUGUCUAAAAUUGGACCAACAGGCCAUAUUCGUAUUCUUGGGAUUGGACUGAAACUAGCUUGCAAUAGAGGCUCAUGUG